GUAAGAAAGAUAAGACCCCUUCCCUUUCCUUUCCUCUCCUCACCCAUGAGUCUCGCGUAAUGUCGAUCACCGAAUCAAAAGACCAUAAUAGUAACUUCCGGUUCAAAAACAUCUUGCCCCCACUCUCCACUCUCCACUGAACCCCAUGCAAACCAACAAAAUCCCAUUUCCCCCAAUACAAAAUUUUCAUUUCUUUUUCAUAACUGAACCCACCAGAUUCCUAAUUUAAAUUGAAUCAAAUCAAUCCCCAAAACCACCACAGGUUUCCAGUUUCUUCUUCCAUUUCUGUUGUGUAACCAUUGGUUGAAGAAGAAGAGCAAUAAUGUUUGUGGGUUGGGAUUGAACUCGUAGCUUCAGAGAUGGGUGGUGAUGGGUUUGUAAUCCCUGUGGAAUCUCAGGUUAGUUCGGUGAAGAAGAAGAAGAAGCAGACUACGACGAAGAAGAAGACUACUGCGGUUUCCAGAAGCUGGGUUUCGUUGGACCGUGAAGGAAGGAGUACGAUUUUGGAUGUGGAUAAGUAUGUCAUUAUGGAAAGAGUUCAGAUUAAUGCCAGAGAUCUUCGGCUUCUUGAUCCUUUGCUGUCCUAUCCUUCCACUAUCUUGGGUAGAGAAAGAGUAAUUGUUCUCAAUUUGGAGCAUAUCAAAUCUAUUAUCACGGCAGACGAGGUGUUGCUUAGAGAUCCAAUGGAUGAAAAUGUAGUUCCAAUUGUCGAAGAACUGCAGAGACGGCUGCCUUCGACAAAUUCCCUAUACCAAGGGCAAGGGGAAGAAGAAGAGCCAUCUACCACCCAAAAUGAGUUGGCUGAAAACGAAUUUCCAUUUGAAUUUCGUGCUUUAGAGGUCGCACUCGAAGCAAUUUGUAGUUUUCUUGAUGCACGCACAAGAGAAUUAGAGACUGAUACUUAUCCUGCUUUAGAUGAGCUGACCUCCAAGAUUAGCAGUCGUAACUUGGACCGAGUGCGCAAACUGAAGAGUGCAAUGACAAGGUUGACAAAUCGGGUGCAAAAGGUUAGGGAUGAACUUGAACAACUUCUGGAUGAUGAUGACGACAUGGCAGAACUUUACUUGUCACGUAAAGUAGCUGGCACCCCUGAAAGUGGCUCAGGGACUCCAAUCUGGUUUCUUGCUUCUCCUAAGGACUAUUCAAAGAUCUCUAGAACAAGUAGAGUGAGUGCGAUUACUAUACGAGGAGAGAAUGAUGUUGAGGAACUUGAAAUGCUACUCGAGGCUUACUUUAUGCAAAUUGAAGGUACAUUAAACAAACUAAUCACGUUGCGGGAGUAUAUUGAUGACACAGAGGAUUACAUCAAUAUUCAGCUUGACAAUCACAGGAAUCAACUCAUUCAGCUAGAACUCUUUUUGAGCUCUGGGACUGUUUGUUUGUCUAUUUAUUCUUUAGUGACUGCAAUAUUUGGAAUGAAUAUACCAUACACCUGGAAGGAAGAUCAUGAACAUGUAUUCAAAUGGGUGGUCAUCGUGACAGGAAUAGUUUGUGCAACCAUUUAUGUGUCACUAAGCUCAUAUGCCCGAUACAAAGGUCUCGUUGGUUCUUGAACGUUAUGCUCAUAAAAUUGUUUCAAGAAACUAUGAACUCAAAUUCAAAAUGAUCAUUGAUGUCUGUUGGGGGAGGAUAUGAAAGAAGUUUUACCACUGUGAUAGGUUACUAGGAAGGCAACGGUAACUUAUGCUCGAGUCAAGUGAUUUUCUAGGCAUUGUUUUUCUUUUUUUCUUUUUUUGACAGUUUAUUUGUUUUUUCCUCAUUGUAUUUUAUCAUGUACAAUUAUUUGAAGAAAGGAAUAGACCACAAUCUUAAAUAAGUUAAUGGAGAAAAGAAUCAGUGUCACAUUUUAUUACAUGAAAA